GAGCUCGGAGGGCGCUGUGAAAAUUGUAGGCAGUGGAGGUGGCGGGUUAGACUUGGUGCAGCACAGCCGAGCGAGCGAGAACAGGCGGGAGGCCUGGGGCUUAGAGCUCGGCUCCCUGAGUCCCUAACCCGUUUGGCUGAAGGAUGAAUGUUGCUAUGGAGCUCGUAAUUCUGUCGAGACCCUCAAUAUCUAAAAGAGGCUGUUGAGAAGAAGAAGUUGCCCAAGUCAGGUGCUGCAAUUGACUUUGCUACGAAUGUAAAGCAGAAGCUGGAGCAGAGGCAAAAUCCUUCUUGUGUAUUUUGUCGACGGAAUGAUGACUGCCCUGAAAAAUAUGGCGAGAAGAAAACUUAUGACAAUGGAAUAACUCUUCAUUACUAUUGUUUGAUUAUGUCAAGUGGAUUGUAUCAGCGUGGGAAAGAGAAUGAAGGAAUUUAUGGGUUUCUAGCUGCAGAUAUCAGAAAGGAGAUUCGCAGAGCUUCAAGAAUGCUCCAGGAAGCUAUGUCGUGCUCAGUUCUUUUGCCAGUCAAUCAGACGGACAGAGGAGAUGCAUUGCAUAGGUCAAAAGAGAAAUGUCGGGUGUGCAAGAAACGUGGUGCAUCAAUAGGCUGUGCCAUUGCGAAAUGUCCGAAGAGCUUUCAUUUUCCUUGUGGUGUGGAGAACCAGUGUAUUUUCCAGUUUACCGGACAGUUUGCGUCUUACUGUUGGGAGCACAGACCUGUGCAAAAGCUACCAUCUAUAUGGUCAGGUAGUUCUUACACAUGUGCUGUCUGUUUAGAAUCCAUUGACCCAAUUCCAUCAUAUGACAUUUUGAAGAGCCCUUGCUGUAAAAACACGUGGUUUCACAGACAGUGUGUGCAGUAUCAGGCACUGAGUGCUGGGGUGUUCUUCUUCAAGUGCACUAUCUGCAGUAAUAAAGAUGAAUUUCAGAAGGAGAUGUUACGAAUGGGGAUUCAUAUUCCAGAAAAGGAUGCAUCCUGGGAACUUGAAGAGAAUGCAUUUCAGGAACUAUUACACCGUUACCAGCGAUGCGAUGCAAGAAGAUGCCUCUGUAAAAAUGGAAGAGAAUAUGCUGAACCUGAUAGUAAAUGGGACGUUGUACUCUGUAAGUACUGUGGCUCCAGCGGGACUCAUCUGGCCUGUUCAUUGUUGGCAAGCUGCAUGGAAAAUUGGGAGUGCCCUGAGUGUAGAGAUAUUGUGUACAAAUCAGAAAAGUUAAGAAAAAGAAGGCUUCGUGAAGACAUAAAAUCACCAAAAAGGAAAUUUGCAGAUAAUCAAGAAUCGCUGCAUUCUCCUAAAUGCCCUAGAUUAUCAAGUGAAACUCGGAAAGAGUGCAAAAAGCGCCAGAUAUUCACGUCAAGAUCACUUACAGACAUUUUGAAAGACUUAAGGUCACAAAUCAAAUUGAAUGUCAUCUCAAGAAUCAAUGUUGACAGAACAAAUGUCUGGGAAGGAGCUCUGAGAGAGAUGAGACGCAAAACGUUCAGCCCCAGCAGCACAAUUUGCGUUCAGUUUUCAGAUGAUGCUAGAAAACCUCCAGUUGCUGUUGAUCUGGGAAAUCCUUGUCAUGAAUUUUUUUGUUUGCUCAUGCACCAUCUUGAGAAUUCAGUUUUGUUUGAAGGUUCUGCUACCUCAAAGAACAUGACUCUAAAUUCUCGAGCUCUUAGGUGGGACUGGUAUUAUGAAGCAGGACGGAUGAUUGCAAUUUCAAUAGUUCAUGGUGGCCCAUCACCAAAUUUCUUCUCCACAACUCUGUUUAAUUGUUUGGCCUAUGGUCCAGAGGUAACUGAACCAAAUAUGGAAGAUGUGACACAUUUUGAGGUGACACAAAAGAUCAAAAAGAUAAAAGAAUCUUCAAACUUGGAAGAGUUGAAAUUAUCUGUCAACGAAAAUGCUGACUACCUUUCCGUAGCUGGAUGCUUAAGACCAGUUUGGUCAGUGGAUGAUAAAGAAAUGUUGGUGAAGGAUGUAUUGACCUUCCAUGUGAUCAGUCGAGUUCGUUCACCAUUCGAAAGAUUCCGUGAAGGAUUGAAAGUUCUUGGUGUGUUGGAAAACAUUCAAAAAUACCCAGAAGUAUUUGCUGAGCUGUUGUGCUACAAACCUCAGAAGUUAACAGCAGAGACUUUUGGAAAACUUUUCUCAAUCAACUUUUCACCAGAUGGAAGCAACAGAAGGAUUGCCGAAUCUAGAGUGAUUGGCUUCUGGAGGGAUUACUUAGCAGAUGUAGAAGAUGGAACAACUAAAGCUUCUUUUGAGGAAAUCUUGACUUUUGCAACUGGUACAAAUGUCAGUCCAGUUAUCAGUUUCCUUCCUCACCCCUCAAUUAAAUUCUUGCAUAAUGAUGGAAUAAUACAGUACAGAUUUCCAACAGGACAAACAUGCCUCAAUUGUUUGAAAUUACCAAUGUCAAAAACAUAUGAAGAAUUUAAAGAAUGUGUGGAUUUUGCUAUCUGUAAUACACCUGGACUAAAAAGAAUGUAAUUCAGUAAAGAUUUUUUCAAUCAACUAUUACAUUUUGUAUGUUAGUUUGUAGCAAUUUUCUUUCUGUAUUAGAAAAUUAGUUACAGAAGUCUUGGUUUUUAAUUUACCUUUAUUUAGAAGGCCUUGCAAACACAUUCGGAGCCCAACCCAUGUGUUUAAAAGAGGAACCUAUGGGUGGAGCAUCUUGGUGUUGCUACAUCAUAUGCUGGGAGGGAAGCAGAAGCUAGUGAGAAUUGCCAAUGUAAAUCUGCUGCCCUCCCAGCAUAGCAAUACAUUUCAAUAUGCUGCGAGGGAUACAGAUUUGUAUUGGAAUGUUCCAUUAUUUUCUGAGCUUGGUUGCACCAUCAGUGAAUAGUACUCAAGGAAAAGAACCUGGGCAGUGUCUCAACUUGGACAGCUCUUUGCCUGGUUAGUUACAAAAUGUUGAGGUCUAGUAGCAGUUCUGCUGUCUUUUCUGGCAGAUGCGGUGUUGCACAAGGGGAGCCUAAAAGCAGAGGUGCGGGAAAAAAAUUGAAACACCAGGAAGAUUCAAAGUUAAUUUUUUUUAAAUCAAUACAUUAUCCACAAGAAGGGAUUUUGCAUUUUUGUUUUGGUUAGUUAAUAUUACAUGAGCUCAUGAAAUUGCUUAAUUAGCUGAUUGAAAGAGUUUUUAAAAAGGUUUGCAUAUGAAAUCCUACAUAUACAAGCAAUAAAUUUAUAAUCAGCUGCAUGAGGACAAUAUAUACUGUAAUAAUGUCUCAUUGGAACAUGGCUCAAGAAGGUAGAAUUAGUAGGAGAAAUACAAUUAAAUGAAAUUUUGGAAUUUUCUAAACUUUUAGUAAAAUAGAAUUUGCCAAAGUAAUAGUUUGACUGACCUGAAACACUUCAGGUUUGUCUGUUUACUUUUUAAAUGAGGAAUUUGAGGGUUUUAUUUUUACUUGUACACUUUUCGGAGUUUUUUUCCCACUAGUUUCUCCUAUUUGUUGCCUGGAAAAGUAUUUUAUAUUCUAAUAUUCCUAACCUUAUAACUGUCACAAUAGAUUAUACUUGUAACAUAAAUAUAAAUUACUUUGUAGUGGUAACCCAUGUAAUUUUCUUCCAAAAGAUUUUUCUAAAAGUUGUUUAGAAAUUGUUACAUAGUUAAAAAGAACUCUUUUGCAACAAAAAUGAAUAAAUGCUUUAACAGUAUUAAAAGAAUAAAAUAGCUUGGUGGUGUUGGCAGCGUAAGGGUUCAUUAGAUGUCAGUAUUGUAAAAUGUUUGUUCUUGUUUGUUUGGUGCAUUUCUGAGAGAGACACUGCUUCACAAGUUGUACAUUCUUCCUUGCACUGCACUGACUUGUUGCAUCCUAUCCAACUAAAUACUAGUUGCUCUUUGAACAUGAUUUUUGGUUUUAGAAAAGCAAUGGGUCAAUCAUUUAAAGCGUCACAAAUCGAUGGUUAGAUUUCAAUAAAAUUCAAACAGUAUAUCAUUAUUCAAAUUUAUAUUUGCACUUCUGUCAAUUUUUCUGCAUCCCAUAACGUUUCACAAUGAGAAACCAUUCUGGAACUAAAUUUAUCUAAAGCAAAUGUAGCUCAGUAUUCAUUUGAACAAAAUUUCUAAGCAAUAAAAAGUAAUAAACAAGCAAUGUUUGGCAUUUAAGACGCAUAUAGCAGGACUCAAAAGGAAGAAACAUUUUUCUUAAAAAUGCCUUUCGGUACAAAGAAGACUAAUGCGAGUGAAGUAAAAUUCAUAUAGAGUAGAUAGUAUGAUAACUAUGUACAAAUUAAGUAUUGUGUGAAUAAAUACUUUUUGUGAAUAAAAGAAACUAUUGCACUUGCACUAGCUACCUAUCCUAGACAAUUAUCCACAUGGUUUACUUUUACUGCAGAGUUGUUGAGGGUAUUAUCAAUACAUAACAAAUUUGAAUUAUGCAGAAACAUAGAAUUUAACUUCACAUACCACUUGAGGGGGUUUGAUCUGAUUGUUUUCAACAAUUAAAAAGAACAUGAAACAAUUGCUCAAACAUCUUGGAGUAAAAUGUGAUAACUUCAUCAGAAGAAAGCAUGUUGUCUGACAUUGAAUUAUCGAAUCUCAUAAUUUUAAUUUUCUGGAUUGAAGCUGAUUAUGGAUAAGUCAACCUAUUAAUAAUAGACUUUUCAAGUUUUUUAUGUUCAAAUUGUGAAGACGUCUGUAAUCUGUAAAAACAUAUGUUGUAAUUGUAGCUGGAUAGAGUCUCGAACAUGAGUAUGUUUCCAUGUGUUUGCAUAAAUAAAUUUUUUUAAAUUGCA